CACAAAUAUCCGCGUGAGCGUGACACCCGACCUCCCCCUCCCGCUCCGGGCAGCAGCAGCAGCAGUCAUGCGGAUAGCCGUGGUGGCUCCCGUCGCGGCGGCCUACCCAUGUUCCUCCUCCCUCGCUGCGCCGGCGAGUGCGACGAGCCGCGCGCACGUUGCGGCGGCCGGGAUGUCCUACAGGGCGUCCUCUUUCGUCGGAGGCGGGCUCGCGGCGGUGGUUGCGUCGGUAGCCGCGCGGCCGAGGAGGGCGGGCUCUGGGAGAGGCGACGCUCUCGGGUGCAAGUGCCUCUUCGGGCUCGGGGUGCCGGAGCUCGCCGUCAUCGCCGGCGUCGCCGCGCUCGUGUUCGGGCCCAAGCAGCUCCCCGAGAUCGGCCGCAGCCUCGGCAAGACCGUCAAGAGCUUCCAGGAGGCGGCUAAGGAGUUCGAAAGUGAACUGAAGAAAGAGCCUGGGGAAGGUGGCGAUCAGCCCCCACCUGCAACCCCCACGGCAACGGGGGUAGGUGGCGCGGAGAAGGGGCUUGAGGCAUCAAGUAGCAAGGAGAGCACGUCGCGGAGAAGGGGGUUGUUGGUGUAAAAUUGUAUUCUGGUCUUCUGGAGUUAGCAUCAAGUUCAUGUCCUUUUUAACCACGUCGCGGUUUCAGGCCAUUGUAGCGAUAUGUUUGUAGUCUGUACCGGGAAUAACAACCUUCCGUGAUUGAUUAUGAAUCGGUUGUCUUGGGCAUUA